AUGUGCCUGGAUGUAGAUGCCUAUUUUGUGCCUCGUUAUGCCCAAUUAUACGAAAAUAUUGAUGCACAGAUCGAUUACACCUUAAAAGCUAUAAAUGACGCAAAUUUGCAAAUAAAAACUAUUUGGGUAGUAAUUUCAAGUAAUUUGCGUUCUGGGUGGACGGAGAAUGCUCAAAGUAAUGUUGAUUGUCUAACUCGAUUUUUGACUCAAUUUAAGGUAAAAUUUAUUUUUAAAAGGCGUGAUUGAGGGUGAAGUUAAUGAAAAAUAUUUAAUUUUAGAAUAUUAAUAAUAAUUUUCAAAUUGGAAUUGCGACACGUCAAGACGAAUUAGAAGAAAUUACUGGGACGGCUGGAGAUAUAGGCGCGUCCAAACCUAACGGUUAUAUUUUUUAUUUAAAAUCCCAAGGAUCGCUCGGUCUCAGAUCAGAC